CUGCUGUUGCAGUUCCGGGGUAUAUUGUCACCGUGAACCCACAGGAACUUGUUUUUCUCCAAAUCCAGAGAAUGGAGACUUCAUUGCUACGCACUCUCCACCUGCUGUUAGGGGCUUCCCUUGCCCUGACCCACACCUUUGAAGGUUCCCACUCCUUGCGAUAUUUCGACAUCGCAAUAUCAAGACCUGGCCUAGAGGAGGCCCUCUAUAUGACUGUUGGUUAUGUGGACGACACAGAGUUCGUACACUUCAACGGUGGGGCAGUGAAUUCAAGGUUUGAGCCCCGGGUGCCCUGUAUGGACCAAGUGGGACAGGAGUACUGGGAUGACCAGACACGCAUUGGCAAAGCUGCAAAACAGCAGAUUCAAGUUUACUUUCAGAACCUCCAAAGCUACUACAACCAGAGCCAGAACAGUUCUCACACCAUCCAAAGGAUGACUGGCUGCUGCAUUGGACCAAAUGGCCACCUACUUCAUGCAUAUCGUCAGUUUGGCUAUGAUGGGCAAGAUUACCUCACCCUGAAUGAAGAUCUGAGCACCUGGACUGCAACAGACAUGGCAGCUGAGAUCACCAAGCGAAACUGGGAGAGAAGAAAUGAGGCUGAGUUCUGGAGGGUCUACUUGCAGGGACCUUGUGUGGUGUGGCUUCUUAAAUACCUGAAGAUGGGAAGUAAGACUCUACUGCGCACAGAUCCCCCCAAGGCAUACGUGACUCAUCACCCAAGACCUGAAGGAGACAUCACCCUGAGGUGCUGGGCCUGGAGCUUCUACCCUGCUGAGAUCUUCCUGACCUGGCAGAGGGAUGGGGAGGAACAGACUCAAGAAAUGGAGUUUGUGGAGACCAGGCCUUCAGGGGAUGGAACCUUCCAGAAGUGGGCAGCUGUGGUGGUGCCUUCUGGGGAGGAGCAGAGAUACACAUGCCACGUGCAACAUGAGGGCCUGCCUGAGCCCCUCACCCUGAGAUGGAGCAGGACUCCCCAGCCUUUCAUCCACAUCGUAGCAGCUGCUGUUGGUCUGGUUCUCCUGGGAGCUUUAUUGGCUGCUGUGGUGAUGUGGAGGAAGAGGUCAGGUAGAAGAAGCCACAGAUAUGGUCAUGCCAGUAAUAAUGAUGAGGGUGAAGUGCAUGGAGGAGCUGAGCCAGAUGAUAAUCCCUCCUUUAGCCCAAUCUCCUGUGAACUCUAACCAGGUCUUGUUUUGUUCUGUCUCAGAACUGUUUCCCCUGCAGUUCUGUCAAGUUUGCCAACUGUGUAAAUGAAUCUGCAUACAAGUCAGUUUCUUGUUUCUGCAUUGACUCCAAGGAUUCUUACUUGGAUCGCCAGUGCAAAGGGAAGACCUUAGAGCCGAUGAAAAACUCUGGGGCUUUUCUUGAUGACCAAAAGGUUUGACUGCAAGACCUCUUUGAAGAUUUCCCACCAGACCACCAAUGAACAUGCUAGAGGAACAGAGUGCCCCCUUUCUAGUAUGUUUACUGAUCAGAUUGCAGACCUCCCAUCUUAAAAUUGUCUUCUGCAGAAUUGAGCGCUGUGCCCAUGGAUUCAACAAUUUUUCCCUUUUUCUGUUAGCCAAAGCCAUGCAUAGGACUUUCUCACUUCCAUAUUUUCUUUGGUGCAUGCCGUUAGAGGUUUCAGAGUUCUGCUCUCUUCUCCUGCAUGUUCUCAUGUUCUCUCUCUCUCUUUUCCUUCCUCCCUCCUUCUUUCUCUCUUCAUCACAUAUAAUGCCCUGUGGUAUUUUGUUGUGAUAUUUUAUUUGUAUUUUAAUAAAUAAAACUUGCCUGAAUAUCAGAAUGCAAAGUUAAACCACCAGAGGCCAGGAAAUGGUGGCACACACCUUUAAUCCCAGGACUCCAGAAAUAGAGGCAGAUGAGUGUCUGUGAGCUCAUGGCCACCCUGGACUACACAAGAUUGAUCCAGAAACAAAUCCAGGUAUUGGUGGCUCACACCGUUAAUCCCAGUGUUUGGGAGUCACACACCUUUAAUCCCAGCACUAUGGAAGUGGAAACAGGAUUGAUAUGGCUGGAUGGAGAGAGGAAUAUGAAGGGGAACAGACAGGAAUUCAUAAGAGUGUGGAGUCUGAGGAUUUGUGAAGACAGGAUUUCACCCUUUUGGUCUAAAGAUUUGGUAGAGGUAAAAGGUCUCUCUAGUGGUUUACUGCUUUGCUUUUCUGAUCUUCAGUUUGAACCCCAAUAUCUGUCUCUGGGUUUUUACUAUUCAUGAUACAUCUGGCACCCAACAUUUAGGGACAAAUUCAUGAAAAAGCUAUUUGCCUGUGACUUUACAGCCACUGACAUAGGCCAGAGCUACAAGUGGCUGGAGUCACCACCCUAUCGCCUAGAUUUUUCUCUCUUCUCUCCUAGGGGUCUCUCCCUGAACCCUCUUCCUAGGCUACUGAAAAACUAGAUAGCUGCCUUGAAACCCAGUCAGACUUUUACUGUUCUACACAGCAGCAGUAAGCCUCACAUCUUCAUCAACAUCGGUGGCAGAUUUGGUAAGACAAUUUGGAAUUCUUAAAGGGAGGAAUUAGUUAAAAGAGAGUUUUUUCCCCACAUUAAAAAAAAAAGGGAAACACCAUUAUAUAGGAGGGAUUUGGGUGAUGUGCUGGACUGUUUAAAAAUCGAAGGAUUAAAUGAGGAUAACUAAUUUAGAUGGGAUUUAUAUAAUGUCAAUUGUAAACAUUAUCAGCAAUAUCAUUUUGGUUUUAUCACUAACAUUGGUUAAUCUGAGUGCUAAAAUGCAAACUUUAUAAAAACUAAAUAAAACAUAUCAUAGAGAUAUUCAAAUCCUGAUAGAGGAAUUUAAUGGAGAACCAACUUCAGUGUUGCAAUAUAAGAACAGGGAGAAACAGCCUAAGGUUUUCAAACAACCAAACUAAAUAAAUCCAGUCAUUUUAUAGGAAUUGAUGGAGGCUCUGUAAGAACUGACUGGACUCCUGUGCCAAUGCUGGAUUUAAGGUGAUUUCAAGGAAGAGAUGGUCUCAUAUGGCAUGCAUUCACCUUUUCUGAAGUAAAUGUUAAACUCGUGGUCAGUUUGAAAUAGAAUUGUCCCUAAAGACUUGAUAGUCUUAGUUAAAGUUGUUUUAGAGCCCGGUCCAAAAUUACAAUGGAGAACCUGGUUCAGAGAACAGGCUAAGACUAUUGAAAAACAGAGUAAAGCUAAAGGUUUGGAAAUCUCCCAAGAUCAAAUUCCAAAUUCUUGGAGAAGAAGAUUAUGCUACUGUAGAAAGACAACCUCUAUAUGAUGGUCACACCUUGGCUUUAUGUCAUGCAGCAGCUUUGAAUACUUGGGACAGAAAUGAAGAAGUAGGAAAAAAGAUUGAGUCAUUUACUAAAGUCAUACAGGGCUCAAAAGAAACCACACAUUUCUUACAAAGAUUGACAUGAACAGUAAAUAGGAUGAUACCAAAUUCAGUAGCUAGUCAAAUAAUAAUUAAAUCUCUGGUUUUAAAAAUGCUAAUUCUCAAUGUAGAAGGAUAAUUAGGCUGGUAGAGGCAAGAUCGGUACCUUUGGAGGAAGGGAUCUGAGAUAAAAUUAAUAUUGAAUCUUAUGACCAUGAUGAUACUUGGAUAAGAGGUGAUUUCCAGGGGUUUGAGGAAAAAUAAAAAUGUCAAAUGUUUCAAUUGUGGUAAAUAAGGUCACCUUAAUGGGAUUGUAAACAGAGCAUUGCUAGAAACAAUGUUUUUUCUAAGCAUAAUUGGGUUCAAAAUGCCCCUCUCUUCUAAAUUAUGCAAAAGGUGUAGCAAAGCCAGGCAGUCAACUAAUGAAUGUAGGUAACAAAGAUAUUCAAGGUAAUCCUUUGCCAACAAGAAACUCCUUGAAGGGCCUCUUUCAGGUCCCUAUACAAAAUCCUCUUCAGUCAUUUCCUGCCAUCACAGAGGAAACUCCUUCCCAGAGCAAUUAAAGAACCUAAUGACUAUUGUAAGAAAAUAUACUGCUCUGAAUAAUAGAACAGCUAUAGAAGAGAUAACAAAAAAUUGAGGAAAAACCAUAAAGGGAGUAUUUUGGUAAACUUCUAUAUAUGAACAAAGACCAAAAUUAAAGAUACAAAUACAUGACAUUGUCCUUUAAGGUCUGGUAGACACAGGUGUGGAUGUAACAAUAAUUUUAUCAGAAUCUUGGCACCCAAAAUAGCUUCUUUGGGUUGUAAAUGUUUAGUUUUUAAGGAUCAGAACAGUAUCUCAGGUAAAGCAGAGUGCAAGAUGAGUUGAGUGUAUAGGGCCAAAAUGACAGAGAUGAAUAUUAAAAACCACACAUGGCUAACAUUGCAAUGAAUUUGUGGGGAUGUGAUUUGUUACAGCAAUGGAAUACUCAGGUUAACAUUUCCCCAAAGUAGAAACAAGCCAUAAAUUAACAUAACUUUCUGGGAAACAUAUUACAAGAUAUUAUAAAGAAAAGUCAUUGACCAUUCGGGUUGUACAAGAACAGGGUAAAAUAGCUGCUGAUCUUCUAAAGGCGCCAACCUUUAAAAUGGUUGAAAAACAAGGUUGUAUGGGUUGUGCAAUGGCCUUUAACAACAGGGCAACUGCAGGCUUUAGAACAGCUGGUGCAGGAGCAACAAAAUUCUGAGCAUAUUGAAAAAUCAACUAGAUCUUGGAAUUCUCCUGCCUUAAUUAUUAAAAAGAAAUCUUGAAAAUGGAGAAUGGUAUCAGAUCUAAGAGCUUUUAAAAAGAUGAUUCAGUCAAUGAACUCUCUACAGUCCAGCAUUCCUUUGCCUUCUCUAUUACCUAAAGGAUGGCCUCUUAUAGGUAUUGAUUUAAAGACUGUUUCUUUACUAUACCUUUACAAGAAAAAGACAGAUAAAAAUUUGCAUUCAUACUACCUAUUUAUAAUAAUUCUCAGCCUGCUAAGAGAUAUCAAUGGAAAAUCUCCUAUAGGGCAUGCAAACUAGCCCCACCCUGUGUCAAUAUUUUGUGCAACAGCCAUUGGAAAUUAUAUGUAAGCGAUCCUGAAUCUCUAGUUUUCCACUACAUGGAUGAUAUUUUGCUAUCUGAUUCAAAUGCAAAUUCUUCAGAAAGAAUGUUUGAAGAAGUCAUGAAAAUUUUGCCUUGUUGGUAAUUACAAAUUGUUCUUGGAAAAAUACAAAAAAAAAUAGCUUCUAUUAGUUAUUUAGGCUACAAAAAAUUUAGACUCCAAAAGGUACAGAUUGGGAGAAACUGAUUGCAGAAUCUUAGUGACUUACAAAGAUAACUAGUAGACAUUUCCCAUCUACAGCCUACUAUUGGGACAAAACCUGGUGAACCAAUUAAUUGAAACAAAACCUUAAAUGAGGAGAAGGACUUAAAUAGUCCCAGGAAAUUAUCAAGGGAAGCUGGGAGAGAAUUAGCUUUGAUAGAAGAGAAGUUACAGAAGGCACAUGUGAAUCAUGUGGAUCCAUUUUUUUUUGAAGCUGAAGACUGAACCCAGGGCCUGUGAUUGCUAAGAAAGUGCUCUAUCACUGAGCUAAAUCCCCAACCCCUGGAUCCAAAUUUUAACUGCAUUGUGGACAUAUUACACUCUAAACAUUCUCCCAUAGAAACUUUAAUGCAAAGAGAAGAUUUUAGCUUAGAAUGAAUCCUUUUACUAUAUAAAGUGAGUAAAAACUUGUGGAAAAGGUCUCUGAGUUAAUUUUAAAAGGAACACUGAGACUUCAUCAAUUAGCAGAAAUAGACAGAGCAGAAAUUGUAGUACCAUUCACUAAUGGUGAAAUUAAAAAAUAUCGGCAGAAUUUGAACCUUGGCAAGUGCUUGCAGUAAUCGUUUGAGAGAGAUUAACAACAACUAUCCAAAAAACAAGAGAAUAGACCUUAUAUAGAGAACUGAAUCCUUCCUCACAUUGUACAGGACACACCAAUAACUAGAGUCCCUACAAUGUAUACUGAUGCAAAUAAGUCAGGAAAGACAGGUUACAAAUCAAAAAAUUUAAGUAAAGGGCAUCAAAGUUCUCAUGAUUCUGUACAGAAGUCAGAAUUAUAUGCUAUUGACAUGAUACUAAGGAAUUCUAAAGAACCACUCAACACAGUUAUCAGUUCACAGUAUGCAGAAAGAGUUGUUUUGCAUAUUGAAACUACUGAAUUUAUGCCAGAUGAUGCAAAAUUGACUUUAAUAUUUAUUCAGUCACAAGGUUAGUCAAGAAUAGGCAUCAUCUCAUAUACGUAACACACAUCCACACCCAUAAGUGUCUUUUAGCACAAGAUAAUGCAGAAAUCAAUCAAUUAUUAAUUGGAGAUGUGCUGAAGGCCUCAAAAUUUUAUCAAAAACAUCAUGUCAAUAGCAAAGGAUUAAAAAUAGACUUUUCCAUCA